AUGUAUAUAACUGUUGAAUUUUGGAUAUAUAUGGUUGAAUCUGUAUGAAUUUGUGGUAAUUUCUUUUGUAUGGGAACAGAAUUGUGUGAAAAGUAUGAAAUUUUGGUUGGGUAAAGCUUUGAUUUUGUUUUUGGUUUUGAUAAUUGGUGGUAUUUUGAUUAGAUGUGUCAUGUAUGAGGCUGAAGUUUGGGGAUUUGGGUAGAAAUUUGGGGUUUCUUUGCUAAUUGGAGAUGGCUAAGCUUUUAUAUGUUGAUGCUGGUUGAUGGUCGGGUUGGUACCGGAGAAAGUUGCAGUCUUGAACAAAUUAGAGAACAUUACAUAUUAAGAGAAAAAAUUACCAUAAAGCUUUUAGCUUUGCGUCUUGUGAUUUCGGUGUUUUUAGAUUGAAGAUAUGACACGGUUGCAGUGAAUACUAGUAAUGAGUCGUCCACAGGUCCCGCACCGACCUUUCUUCCAUUUUGGAAAUCCUUUCCGGAUGAUUUCGCCAAAGGGUUCUCAAAUGACUCCGAACCUUUCUGCACUGCUGAACACUUUUGAGGAAACAUUGGCUGAGAGGUUGAGAAAGCUCAACCCAAAAGAUAACAAUGAUGUCCUUAGCUUGUCAUGGAUGAAAUUGGCAAUGGAGUCGCUUUGUGGAACUCAUAAUGACAUAAAAACUCUCAUAGCUGAGAUUGAUCUUCCCGUGAGUGCCUGGGAUGAGAAGUGGAUUGAUGUGUACUUGGAUAUCAGUGUAAAGUUGCUUGAUAUAUGCAUUGUCUUCAGCUCUGAGAUCGCACGCUUAAACCAGGGGCAUUUGUUUCUUCAGUUUGUGUUGCAUAAUUUGAAUUCAGCCUCUUCGAAGCAAUUUAUUCGUGCCCGUUCUUCAGUUGAUGACUGGAAGAAUCAUAUUGCUUCAAAGAACCCCAGGGUUGAGAACUGUAGCACCAUUUUGGACAAGCUUGUGGAAUCACUGGAUCUACCAAAGGUUAAGAACUCAGCAAAAGGGAAACUUUUAAUGCGUGCUAUGUAUGGAGUGAAGGUGUUGACAGUAUCUGUUUGUAGUGUCUUUGCCGCUGCCUUUUCUGGUUCUGCAAGCAAGUUGUUAGAUUUGAAUGUUGCCGAGACAUAUAUGUGGGCACAAGCAUUUAAUGACUUACAGAGUAAUGUAAAUGGGGAAAUUAGAAAUGUACUUUCUAGUGGUAGAGUUACGGUACUGAAAGAGCUGGAAGCAGUUGAUGGUAUUGUGAAGCACUUGUAUCCUAUGAUCCAAGAUGGCGUGGCCCUCGCAGAAGAAGAAGCAUUCAAGAAUUCUACUUCAGAUUUAGAAAGGAAGGCACAGAAUCUUUCUCAAGGACUUGAUCUUCUGACCAAGGAAGUGGAUGGGUUUUUCCAAAUCCUCUUGACUGGACGCGAUGCCUUGCUUUCUAAGCUGAGAUCAGGUGGAGCAGUCUCUGACCGGAUGCUGAUGGGAAAUGUAGAAGGGCAGGUUGUGAGGUGAAUAGCAAAGCUAAUCUUCCUUUAUAAAGAUGGUUUUAGGUAUGUGGCUCUAAGUUUUCUUGUUUUUGUAAGUAUACCAUCUUGUAUGGCUAAGUGUAAUCAGUAUGUUGUGAUGUAUAAGUUAUGUUGUAUUACUAUGUUAGUGGUUUGUAGAAGUAUGUUGCACUAUGUGCUGACGUUUAUAUAUGAAAUAUGGUUUGGAUUGAAAU